GCGAUCAACUUCACCAAGUUCUCUUGCGGCUGGAUGGUGGAGAAAGUGUAUGUUUUAUGUGGGACAGGAAGACGCCUUUCUCUUUAAUAAUAAACUCUGCCUGAAUAAACCUUUCUUGUGUCAUCACAUCUCUUCCUGCACAAAGCAAACCCUACCCAUUGAUCUUCUCUUUUUAAUGGGGAUGGCUGCGGGGGUGGGGGGUGGCCAUGCGUGAAAUGGGACACACCCCAUCGACCAAAAUGAUGUCAAUUCCACCGUGUUGACAUGAUGGCCUCCAUCACUCACGGGGAAGAGAAGAAUAAAUGACUAGCUUAUUUGGAAGGUCCAUGCCAUGCUGACAGAAGGACUUGUUGCAUAAUUGGCCAGAAGAAUGAGAAUUGGCCAGAAGAACGUGCACGUCAUUUUGACGGACACUGGAAAAGUGAAUGGAAAUGAAAAGUAAUUGUUUAAAACAUGAAAAGCCAAAGGAAUGUUGCUUUAUUUAAAAAUGUUAUGUCACAAGCGAGACGACGCGCCUUUGAGUGUUUUCACAUGAGCAGGACCACGUGAGGACCUGCUGGAAGGUGCAUGUUGGUCAGCACGCAGGCCUCACAGCUCGGAGACCUGAGUUCAAUUCCACCCUCGGCCAUCUCUGUGUGGAGUUUGCAUGUUCUCCCCGUGCAUGCGUGGGUUUUCUCCGGGUACUCCGCUUCCCUCCCCCGUAGUUUGCAUGUUCUCCCCGUGCAUGCGUGGCUUUUCUCCGGGUACUCCGCUUCCCUCCCCCCUUCCAAACACAUGCUAGGUUAAGAGGCCGCUCCAAAUUGUCCAUAGGUAUGAAUGUGAGUGUGAAUGGUUGUUUGUCUAUGGGAUUGGCUGGCCACCAGUGCAGGGUGGACCCCACCUCUUGCCCCAAGACAGCUGGGGUAGGCUCCAGCACCCCCUGCGACCCUGGUGAGGAUAAGCGGUAGAAAAUGGAUGAGCGAAUGAUCGGUGGGGACUGCGUUCCUGGGGGUCUUCCAUGACGGAGGCUAUCUUCAAGCAGUAGAUGGAAGCUGGAAGGAAGCGAGAUGUUUUUCCAGCUGGUGUUGGCUGCGAGGGAAAUCGGAGCAGAGCUCGGCACCUAUCGAUUGUUCUCUGGCUAGAAGCUGGCACGGAUCAUUAGUUAGUUUUGUCCGGCUUUCAGCAGCGACGGUCCGGGCCGGCAUGGUGGUGCUCCGUCCUUGGCUUUGGUAGCUCUUGGACUGGAGAGAGACAAGCCUUCCAGUCUGAAAGGUCUUCUGAUGUAAGCCAAAAAGCGAGAAUGGGUGACUGGAACUUCCUGGGAGGCAUCUUGGAGGAGGUGCACAUCCACUCCACCAUGGUGGGCAAGAUCUGGCUGACCAUCCUGUUCAUAUUCCGCAUGCUGGUGUUGGGCGUGGCCGCCGAGGACGUGUGGAACGACGAGCAGUCGGACUUCAUCUGCAACACGGAGCAGCCAGGCUGCCGCAACGUUUGUUACGACCAGGCCUUCCCCAUCUCGCUCAUCCGCUACUGGGUGCUGCAGGUCAUCUUUGUGUCCUCGCCCUCGCUGGUCUACAUGGGCCACGCCAUCUACCAGCUGCGCGCCCUGGAGAAGGAGCGCCACUGCAAGAAGGUGGCGCUGCGGCGAGAGCUGGAGGCGGUGGACACGGAGCUGGCGGAGGCGCGGCGGCGUAUCGAGAAGGAGAUGAGGCAGCUGGAGCAGGGCAAGCUGAACAAGGCGCCACUGAGGGGCUCGCUCUUGUGUACCUACGUGGCGCACAUCGUCACCCGCUCGGUGGUGGAGGUCAGCUUCAUGAUGGGCCAGUUCCUCCUCUACGGGCACCGCCUGAGCCCCCUCUACAAGUGCGAGCGGGAGCCCUGCCCCAACGUGGUGGACUGCUUCGUGUCCCGGCCCACCGAGAAGACGGUGUUCAUGAUGUUCAUGCAGGUGAUCGCCUGCAUCUCCUUGUUCCUCAGCCUGCUGGAGAUCAUGCACCUGGGCUACAAGAAGCUGAAGAAGGGCAUCCAGGACUACUACCCGCAUAUCAAGGAGGAACUGGAUGACUACUACGUCAACAAGUACAAAAAGAACUCGGUGGUGCACCAGGUCUGCGUGGGCACCUCGGUGGGCCGGAAGACCACCAUCCCCACAGCGCCCAGCAGCUACACACUGCUGCUGGAGAAGCAAGGCAACGGGCCCAACUACCCGCUGCUCAAUGCCUCCUCCGCCUUCGUUCCCAUCCAGGACGAUCCGGGCACCAAGCCGGGCGCCAGCAAGGAGGGCGUCCCCAGCCCCACCGAUCAAAACUCAAACAACACCAGCAGCGACACCCGCUCCCCACAAGGCGACAACCAGGAGGAACCCGAGGAGGACCAGGACGAGUAUCCCACGCUCCCGGAGCCACACUCCACCUCGGGCACCGUCCUAUCUGCCAUGGCCCGCAAGUCCAGGAGGCCCGGUCCACAGUGGAACUGCUCCACGGUGCCUGAGGGCAACACCUCAGACAGUGGAGACUCCUACCAGGGCGGCUCCACCAAGCAGCGCGGUGCGCCGGGGCCCCGAGCGAGGAACCUGUUCUCCAGGUCGGACAGUGUGAGGAGGCCCGGCGGGGCGCAGAGCCCGGAAUCUGGCGGCGACCUGAGCUCUGGCUCUCGACAGAGUCGCAACAGCAACAGCAACAGCCCCCCCGCGUCCUCCCCCAACAGGCGGGUGUCGGCGGCCAGCAGCGGGGGCAGCGGCUGCAGGCGGGCACCUACCGACCUACAGAUCUAGGGCUCGUCUGCCGCUCUCUGGUGGCCAUUUUGACGGGUGACACCAUGCACGUGCACUCACGAGAAGACCUGACGUAGGCUGUGGGCGGGACAGCCAACAGUGCCAUCAAGUGGCCAAAUGAUGCAAAGACACACACGAUGACUGACACUGUGCCUUUGUGCCUUUGAGCCUCUUUUGUUGUCGCUGGAUGUUAUUUCGGUUUAGCCUCCUCAUAAAGUGCCACAGAUGCUGCAACAUGCAUAUGUGUAUAAAUAUAUAUGUAAUAUGUAUAAAUACAAUCCAAGGAAAUCCACGGCGAUAUCUUUGGAUGGAUUGUGUCCUUGCACGCCCAAAUCAAGUAUUAAGAGACAAAGUUGAACUACAAAAGAUACUCUUCUGUGUGUAUCUGUGUGUAUGCGGGUGGCAAACGUUUUCUUUUGUGGACUAAUGUACUCGAAAACAGUCCUUAUCUUGCUGUGAUCCAUGAAGAACGUCCUUUAAGUCACUUUUUGUCGCCUGGAAAAGCGACCAACAAACAAAACAAAACAGAGACGACUGCUUGCCAGACAAGAGAAAACGCCGUGAUGGAUUCGUUGCCGUGUCAAUAGCUUUUCCGCCGAAAUAACAGUAAAAAAAUCAAAGGACAUAUUGACGAUAUUUAUUUUGAAAUAUUACCACGCUCUUGAUUGGUAAAUAAAGAACGUACAUACAAACACGAUAAUUAUUUUGAAAUAUUACGACGCUCUUGAUUGGUAAAUAAAGAACGUACAUACAAAC